CGUCGCUAAGGCUUCGAGACAACGAAAAAGACCAAAUCCAGUGGAAAAGUAUCAACAUGUUGAAAGAGUUUGUAAGGGAACGGCUAAUUGCGGCCGCUGACGAAAUAUUCGUGUUGUUUGAAAAAACAAUAGCGUCGUAUGAGGAGGAACUUUGUCGGAAAAGAGAGGAGAACGAGCGACAACGACGUGAACUCGAUGCAGUCAGCAAGACACACGUUGUGCUACACGACGACGACAUCGAGCAGCCGACAGCUUGUCAAGAAGAAGUUCAAGGAAGAAGCUCCAAAGCUGUGGACCCUCCUGCUCCACAGCUUUCCCACGUUAAAGAAGAGGAAGAGGAGGAUCCACAGCCCAUCCAUAUUAAAAAAAAGGACAAUAACGAGCAGGAGGAGGCACUGAGCAUCAUCGUCGUGAAGAGCGAAGACAACGAAGACAAACCACCCGAGUCGUCGCAGCUUCAUCAUCGCAGUCCAAGUGGAGUCCACCGUGGAGGACAAACACCAGACCACCUCUUAGCUCCACUGUUACACAGUGACAACAUAGAAGAACCUUCGAGGAGCAACGCAGACCGCGAAGGUGACUGCAAGCGUAAAGCAAAUUUUACCUGCUCUCUGUGUGGAAACAUCUAUUCUUAUAAGUGCCAGCUGACUACGCAUAUGAGAACACACAGUGGAGAAAAACCCUUCAGUUGCUCGGUGUGCCAUAAACGAUUCACCCAAAAGGUAAACAUGGUGACGCACAUGAGAACACACACCGGAGAGAAACCUUUCACGUGCUCGGUUUGUGGUAAAAAUUAUUCCUACAGGAGUAACUUGAACGAUCACAUGUGCACGCACAAAGAGAAAACCUUCAGUUGCUCGGUUUGCGGUAAAAAAUUCACUCAGAAGGCAAACAUGGUGACGCACAUGAGAACGCACACGGGGGAAAGACCCUUCAUGUGCUCGUUUUGCGGCAAAACCUUCUCUCAAAAACCCACCAUGGUGACACACAUGAGGGUUCACACGGGGGAAAAACCUUUCAGUUGCUCCAUUUGUGGUAAAAGCUUCUCCCACAAGAGCAAUUUGAACGUGCACAUGCAGUCGCACACAGGAGAAAAACCCUUCAGUUGCUCGAUUUGCGGUGAAGGAUUUAUCCUCAAGGUGGCUUUGAUCGCGCACACAGCAACGCACACAGGAGAGAAAAUGUUCACGUGUUCACGUUGUGGUAAAAGCUUUGCAUACAAGAGUAAUUUGAAUGCACACAUGCGGAGACACAAGGAAGAAGGUAGUAGCGGUUGCUCACUUGAUGGUGAAUUGACGUGAUCAAGGGUUCAUUUUUGUGCUAUCAUACUUGGAAAAAAGUAGUUUUAUUGUGUAAAAGGUACAAAAGCAUUAUAAAACUUUUCAUGACUGUGAAUGUCGUAUAUCAUGUAUAUCGUAUCCGUCUGGAAAGUAUUCACAGCACUUUUCUACAUUUUGUUAUGUUAUAGUCUCAUUCCAAAAUGGAUUAAAUUGUAUCCCCAUCCAACCUGAUGGAACUUGAGAGGUGCUGCAAGAGGAAUGGGCAAAACCGCCCAAAGCUAGGUGUGCCAAGCUUGUGGCAUCAUACUCAAAAAGAUUUCAGGCUGACAGCGGUGCAUCAGCAAAGUACAGUAGUGCCUUGAGAUAUGAGUCACCGGACUUAAGAGCUCGGGCGUGCCCGUGACCCAAGUAAGGAUAAGCGCUACGGAAAACGGAUGGACCUGAAAGCAAAAAUUUGAGAUACGAGCACUCCAUGGUGGCCGUGAACUCAACUCAACUCAACUCACUUCACAACAUCCAGCAGUUUGGUGGAUGGUGAACAAUUCUUCUUUCAGUAGAGGUUUACUGUCAAACUAAACAUAAAACAAAGAGAAUUACACUUUGUGUAUUUAAAACAACCACAUAACUUUGCCUUAGGAAAGUUAAGAAAUGCUAAAGAAACCAAUGCAAAAUGCCAUCAAUUAAUUAACAAAUAGAAUCGUGUUGCAGUGUAAGUGUGUCACCCUUUAAGCAAUGGAUAUUUAAACACAAAUGGUGGAGCAACGCAUGCAGACAGAUAAUAUAACAUUACCCACAGGCAUAUCUUCUUUCUUCUCUGCGAAGAAUGACUGAUAUUACUGAGGCUUACUGACAAGUUGUGUAUUUAUGUAUACAGUAGACCCCUGCAGUGCGCGGUGGAUAGGGACUGGGCCUUACCGAAAAUAGCAAAAAUCUGUGAAUAAUUGAUGCUCAAUAUAAUAGCCAUGGGGAAAAAAAUACAAAAAUAUUUUUUUAGAAUUUCUUUCCCCAGAAAAAAAAAGCGUGAAUAAGUGAGACGUAGGGAAAAAAUACUGCCAACGAGCCGUUUUUGCGAGAAAAAAAAAAAGGGGGUAGACUUCCCGCACGUUCCACAAAAAAAAACAAAAUAAAACAAAUAUGUACAAAAAAUAAAAAUAAAUCUGUGAAUAGGUGAAUCCGCGGAUGCCAUUGUAACUGUAUUAUACUGCCCUCAGGUGGCAAAGGCAUGCCCACCAAAAUGAGCAGCACAAUGUCCAUUGAAUUUAAGCCAUUUUUAAAACAUUCUCUACAUUCAAUUGAAAGCUUGUAUCGAAUAUAACUUUUGGUGCCCCCUAAGCUUGAAUUCUGCAUUACAACAAAAGAACAGCUGUCGCUUCGAUAUGACGUAGGCAAUGCAUGCUAUGCCCCUUGAAUGUGAUUCUGCAUUUUUAUUAUGUUUUGAAAGACAGCCGGGAGGGAAAAGGAUGGCUUGUUUGGAAGAAGUAAUUCUUGUAAAUUCCCUAUCAUUGCUGCAUCUUGUGGCUGCAUUGUUUGGCGCUCAAUUUUGUGUAUUUUACAUCAGGAAAGCUGUAGGUCCUCAGGAAUAUGGAGCUGAAGUGUGGACUUGUGGCAGGCAGUUAUUUUUUUCUUUUUACAUCAGAGCCUGUCUGCGUUUGUGAUGAAGAUAGCAGACAUAAAUAUCGCAGGCAGUAAAACUACAGACAGAGCGAGUACUUCCCUAUUAUUGCUACUGUUUGUGCUUUUUGUAUUUUACAUCAGGCACCUUGUUGGGCAGAUAAAGGCCCGAGACAGACGUCGAAUCGUUUGCGGCAAUUAUUUUCGCAUGAUUGUUUUCGUUUACAUCGUUUUAUUGUAUGAUUAUUUUGUGCUACAGAAGCUCCAAAUAAUAUAUUCAGUGAGCUUUUUACAACCGCGCUCCACCCGUUGCCCGGUAAACUACAUCAUUUCUGUGUUGUCAUUUCCGCUACGUCAUUUGCGCUGCGCCACCGACUGGGCCAGCACAGGAAAUGAAUCGGGCAUCUACUACAUUUUUUAAAAAAUGCUGAAAAAUAUAGCAAGAGGUUUGAGGAGCUUAGGGGCUUGACAGGCUUAAUAAGCAUUGUGCCAUCUCCUCUAGUAGUGGCUUAGGUUAAAAUGUCUUUUUAACAAAACAUUUGUGGAUUGCAGGUUUAAUUCUUUAAUUACCGUAUGUUUUUAUCAAGUCAAGUAUUAUAAAGUGCAAUGUUAAAAACAGAUUACACAUUUUUGGGGGGGGGGUUGGCGCUGUAACUGAUAAAUGGCAUUUCCAUUCAUCCAUUCAUCCAUCCAUCCAUUUUCUGAGCCGCUUAUCCUCACAAGGGUCGCGGGAGUGCAGUAAUGCAAUGAUGUAAACAGCCAGCGUUAACACAUCACUAAAGUCUCUGGGUAAAUAAAACGGCCAGCACUUUACCAUCAGCGCUUCAACAUCCUUCGAGCAGUGUUUCUCCAUCACCUGAACAUCCACACACCAUUUGUUGUUAACGUAGACUGGCACUCCCCACGUUAGUUUUUACCCGAGGUAAUGGACAUCUGCUCCGUCCACUCGGGCUUGGUGCAUUAGCGGCAUGUCGGUAAUCCUCAGAAGCGCUACGGCUGCUCGUGGCAGGCUAACAAGUUAGCCGAAGGAUACGCCGAGUUGUUUUAUUUUGAAGGCCUGACGUUAGCAGCUACAAGAUGUUUGACUCCGAUGAUGUUGCCUUAGUGUUGCAUAGCAGACCAGAAGGGUAAUUGUUACCUGUGCAUGUUUUUUUUAAUUCGGAAAAAAAAAAUGUUGUGUGUAGAAGUGUGAGGAAAAAGAUGAAUUUGAUCCAAUAACCCAAACUGCUGUACAUAAAUUGUGGAAAAAUUGAAGUGCUGUGAAUACUUUCUGGAUGCACUGGCUGCAUCAUAUAUUCUGCUGUCUUUGUUGCACGUUUUAUAUUGUAAUAUUGUCUCAUUCUCAUUUAAUAUUGCAAUUGCAACAUUUGUAUGAUUUUAUGUGUGUGUUGGCAUAUGUACUCUCAGUUGUGAUGAAGCUUCAUUAAAUCAAGGUGGUGUUCAUAAAUUAUGUUUGUGAUGUACUGGUUGUAUGGCAAGAGCCAAUGAAUGGACUGAAACAUUUCAAGUCACUCUACGUGACGAUAUAAAAUACACGUAAAUAAAAAAGUUUCCGAAGUUUCUGAUGCCGGAGUUCAGGUAAAACUGAAUGUUUGCAAUUUUUAUUUUUUCCAACCAUUUAUUCCCCGAGUUUCUUUUCCUUUGGAAGUUCCACACUGUGAACGCAGUGGAUCGUCCUCUGUUGCUCACGUUCUUUGCAAUA